UGUCGUCAGACGGCUUGCCCGGGACGGGCCUAGAGCGAAUCUUCUCUGUGCCGUGAAACCAUCGAGCGCGCUAUUCAAGCUCUUGCAGCGCCCUAGAGUUGCGGUAUGCGCUUGACUCUUCGUUGCUCGAUCGAUAAUCGAUUGACGUCAACUUUCUUAUUCAAACCGCUCGCCUAGGCCUCAAGAAACUGUCUUCUCGCAGUCGCACGGAGAGCUUGGCUUGGGCUUGCGAUCCUUCAAGCUCUUACUCUGUCGCUAUAGCUUUGGUCUUUCACUGGCAGAAACUCCGUCGAUGGCAUCACAAACAACCCCUCGCUCCUCGCAGGAGACACAAACGCCUACAUCCGGCCAAGACCACCACCAGCAGGACCCCGAUAAACAAGAACCGCCAUCAGGCGGCGGCGAUGAGUGUACACAACGCCCGUCAGGCAAUCAUCACGAGAAACAUGAAUCGAAAUGGGAUUGGGAAGCAGACUCGCAUAACCCCAUGAAUUGGGCACGCAGGUACAAGAUAAGACAAGUUGUCAUGCUGUCCCUUGCUGCUUUCACAGCAAGCUUGGGUACUUCCAUCAUCAGUCCCGCUCGUGCCCAGCUCGUAGAAGAAUUCGGCGUGACCAUGACGCAGGCGAUCGUGCCUUUGUCUAUGUACGUCUUCGCUCUGGGUCUAGGUCCCGUCGUCGGCGGUCCAUUAUCAGAGACGGUGGGCCGGCACCCGGUCUAUCUCAUCAGUCUUCCGCUGGGUGGCCUCUUCACUAUCGGUGUGGGUUUCUGCCAUAGCUUCGCUGGAAUCUGCGUCUUGCGAUUCCUCGCAGGGUUCUGUCUCUCCCCCAGCUUGGCCAUCGGGACAGGAACCAUCAAUGAAACGUACAGACUCUCAGAACGUGCGCUGCCCUCGACCACGUACAUCCUGAUGCCGUUUCUUGGCCCAGGACUUGGUCCCGUGAUCGGAGCCUUCGUCGUGAACCGCAAGGACUGGAGAUGGACGCAGUGGACGCUACUCUUCUUCAUCAUCACCGCCAUGAUAUCUAGCUUCUUCAGCAAAGAGACCUACCACCCCGUUCUCCAGCGUCGACGUAGGGCGCAACUGGGUCUUCCUCUAGACCCGCUGCCACCAACAGGCGAGCGCAUCAAGAAAUUCGCGACGACGGCUCUCACACGCCCCGUCCGGAUGAUGAUCACCGAGCCCAUCGUCUCUUUUAUUUGCCUGUACGUGGCGUGCGAGUUCGCGACCCUCUUCUCUUUCUUCGCAGCACUGCCGUACGUGUUUAGCACCGUGUACAGCUUCGGCAUCGAGCAGCAGGGCCUAGUCUUCAUCUCCAUCGCAGUUGGAUGCGUCCUAGGAGCAUUGACGGUCAUAUUUUGCAACAAGGUCAUAUAUAUGCCGAAGACCAAAAGGUAUCCAGCCCAUCGGACACCGCCAGAGUACAGGCUGUACCCGGCCAUGUUCGGGAGCAUUGGGUUGCCGCUGGGACUUUUCUGGUUCGGUUGGACUGCGAGGGAGGACAUCUCAUGGGCUAGCCCCGUCCUCGCAAUUGUGCCGUUCGCGUGGGGGAAUAUUUGCCUCUUUGUCAGUACGAUACAGUACCUGGUUGACGUGUAUCAAGGAACGACUAUUGCCAGCGCCGCGAGCGCAAAUAGUCUGGCCAGGUACCUGCUGGCAGGUGCUUUCCCGCUCUUCAUCGUUCAGAUGUACACGAACCUAGGCAUCGGGUGGGCAAGCAGCUUGCUGGGGUUCAUCGCUCUGGGGCUACUGCCAGUCCCCUGGGCCUUUUUCAAGUUCGGCAAAGCGAUCAGAGAGAAGAGUAGCUUUGAUACGGUCAAGUUCUGAUGGGAUGACAGAGAUGUACCU